AUGGAUGCUUUUGUAAAACGGCUGCCAAGGGGAGAAGUCGAAACUCAGAGCAACGCGCGCCCGCUGCAGAAUGCGUCGUUGGCAGUGGAGAGACCGACCAAACGUCUAAAGAGAGACGAAGUCUCUGAUUCUGAAUCCGAAUCAGGAUCAGAAGAUCCCAUUGAACUUGUGCUCGAGCAUGAACCGAGUGAAAUUUUGUCGGAAGAGGCAUUAUCUGAUGAAAAGGACCGGCACCGAGCCAAAGAGCGAGUCACUGACUUUGAGAAUGCACUGCCGCCAACCGAGGCCAGCCAAGAGGCAAUUGAAGAGUAUGAGACUCUUAAAUCUUCCCAAAGCAACGCCGGGGAGGAAAUCCCAAACAAGAAAAUAGCUCCUCUAUGGAUCAAAGGCCGGAGCUCGAUAUACGUGGAUGCAUUCAAUCUCACACUAGAUACCGUCUUGGAAGAGGAAUCGUCUCUUUUUAGUAGUAAAGAACUUGAGAUUUUCAACCAAUGGAAGAGUCUGAAUUAUGAAGCGCAGUAUUUAUAUGUUCGCCUGUUUCUCCGAAAGACUGCAGCCUGGCAUCGGUCAUCGCGCUUAGGUUAUUUCAACGAUAUUUCAGAUCAUGCUACGGCUAUUGCUACGCUUCAAGAACGCAGAACUCUAUCAUCGGAGGUCGCAAGCAGUCCGCCAGUUCAACUUGAGCCAUCAAGCGUUGGGCUAGAAGACCCGGACGAUGGCAAUACUUUUACGUUUGCAGAUGCGUCUGAGGACUACAUCGACACAGUCGAAGAAGCCGCAUCGCUUCUGUACCUUGAUGAGCUCAAGGCGAUUGCCAAAGAAGCCAAAGUCCAUGGAAAAACCAAAUUGGACAUGAUCAAGGCUUUGUGCCGGAUGAGCCAGCAGCAAGCCGGGCUGAUGGCUCUAGGUAUCAGUAGGCAAAAUAAUGCGGAUUCGAGCGCUUCUAAAAGGGCAGACCAUCCUGUCCAAACGGCUUCAAAGCUUAAGAGAGAAGAUUCCAACCGUCAACAGCACUUCUUAGCUAAAAUCCUUGCUAUUGUUGGCCCCUGUAUACGAAUAUCUCCAGCUACCUUCAAGCUUUUCGAAAGAGUGCACUUGGUUUUUUACAGAUCUACAGAAUGGACGGAGAAGUCACUGACGACAAUCAUACUGGCAAAGAUUGCCAGACGGAAUUUCCCCGAGUACAUUGUUUCUCGAUCUUCAACGAUAUUUUCCUCUCGAGCUCGGUUGUUAGAAUUUGAGGCCGCAAUACGCAUGGAAGCAGACGUUGACACCAUUCUUGAAUCCAAUGGACCACUGGAUGAAAAGGGCUCAGAUCAUAUACUUGAUAUCUUUGAAAAGGUGUACCCCCGGUGGAGUGCUCUGGUCCAAGAAGAAACCGAGAAAGAGCGAAAGUUUUACGAGAUGGGAGAAGGGGCGUACCUCAGAAGAUUCAACCCCGGUCACUCAUAUACUCGCAUAAUUGUAAAGGCUGCAUUUGUGUUUGGCAAGCUCAAGAAUCAUCUGAAGGAGCAUCAGCUUUUGACUGAACUUUUGGACCAACGGCUCUUUCACUUAGCCCGAAGAGGCUCGUGGUACCAACGCAAAGCUCUCUUAGAGGAGCACUAUAUGCCUAGCCUUGAUCCAGAUCCCACUUCUCAUGACUUGGAGCAACAAAAGAAGCGAUGGAGGACAACAGCGGUCUCAACUUGUGAGGCAGGCCUCCAAGAUCCGGAUUGCCAUCUCAUACAUCACUACGAUUUGCAAAAACGAUUAGUCAAGCUAGAGAAGAAACUCCGCAUCCCCAAGCGUCUUCAGCAUGAUUUUGGACAUGUACGCCUUGCUGACCCCUUGGAACUGUCCGUUGAGGGAAUCCAGUUGAAGCGAAAUACCCCACCGAAGCUGGGAGGCCAGGCUCUAAGCACAAGAACCAUUUGGCUGGACGAGUCGGACUCUGGCGGUGAAUGCACCGUGGAAGAGAUGUGCUUGAGUCACUUCCAGUCACAGGGGUGGAAGGGAUACCAUGCUGAAGGGGGUAUCAUCCGCACCCUGUUUGCCUAUCUGUUCUACGACAUUAUGUUUCUCUAUAUCCCCAACGUUUUCCAGACGGCUUUCCAGACUUGCCCCCUGGACUUGCAUACAGACGCCUUCUUCCCGGCUCGAAUUUCGGAAAUCAACCAUCGACUUGUUGAGAUUGCCAACGGAGAGGGCGAACGGCUGCUACGUGGGGUGUGGGAAAGGGAGCACGAGCGAAAAACAAGUGUGAUAGGGCUCAAUUGGGAUUUUGAAGUGGAGGACUUGUUAGAGCUAGUACGCUGCUUCGAAGGUAGCGCUCUAGCCGCUUUAUGCAAGGUGAUGGCACAGGAAUACAGGCAACGAGGUGGAGGCAUCCCGGACCUCAUCCUCUGGAGAAUGGCGGAAAACAACGGCGCGGAAGCUCAGAAAGCUCAGAACGAAGAGCCAGGAAAGGCAAGAGGCGAGGCCAUGUUUGUAGAGGUCAAGAGUGCAAACGACCGGCUAAGCGACACGCAGCGGCUGUGGAUCCACGUUCUCACGGGUGCCGGGGUCAAAGUUGCUCUCUGCAAUGCCGUCGCAAAGGAAAUCAGAGAACUUGGCUAG